UUUGUGCGAAAAUCAAAAACAAAACAAUAUGCUCGUAUGUCUGUCAGCAUUGUUGAAUCGGUCGAAAUUCAUGUCCCUUGCACUAUGGACCGACGAGAUAUUUCAAGAAGACGGCCAAUGCUUCAGCUAGACCAACCAAUAUCAUCAAUCAGAGCUAAAAACAAAGCUACCGAUGAAGCUAAAAAACGUCAAGAAUCGAAGAACAUGCUACAAGAGCUUCUCGGAGAUUAUAGCGAAAGUGAUGAUGAGAACGAUGAAGAAGGAUCACAGAUUGAGAAUCCAUCAAAGGAGAAAUCACCAUCCGAUUCUUUCAACUCUUCAAAUAAUCAAUCGGACAUUCAGAAAUCAACAUCAGAUUCCCACCUGCCAACAAAUUCUCUGUUAAAUUCUGAAAAUUCGGUCGAGAUGGAUCAAUCUGAGGAUAGCAUCGAAGCAGCAUUGAAAAACUUUUUGUCCGAAAUUAAUGCGUUACCUAUUACUUCUAUCGAUAAGGAUUCUACUACGGAAAAAUCCAAUGAAAAGUCUGUUAAAAAUAUUUUACCAAUGGAAAAAGAUCAAAUUAUUUCACAAGUCACGCGCCCAGAAGGCAGCUGGCAACGAAAUUGGCACCAGGAAGAAAAACGUUACUACUAUUACAAUGAUAAAACCGGUGAAACACGUUCGGAUCUUGAUAUACCAACAAGUGUUUUGGGCGUUUCUUUAAUAUCACGUACAGAUGGAGAAACAUACGAUAUUUUUGAUUCAAUAUCAUCUAAAGAAGAUCCAAAUCGGGAAGUUGAUAUCCAAAUACUUUCCAAUAAUACA